UUGGGAGGCUCGAGGGGAUUCACUGGUUCUGCAUUAGGUCUGGGAGCUUCUGAAGCAGAAGGUACACAUAGAUGCUCCAGCAAAGAUGACGUGCAGGUGGCAGAGAAGCUCAUGGAAGGAUGGGUCGCAGCAUCCCCAACAGGGAAACAAGGUUAAAACCACAGCCAGUCCCCUCUCUUCCUUUCUCCAUCAUCGUGGUGUGUGCUUGACUCCGCUUCUCGCCAUGUCUUCUCACAAGACUUUCAGGAGUAAGCGAUUCUUGGCCAAGAAAAUAAAGCAAAAUCAUCCCAUUCCCCCAUGGAUUCGGAUGAAAACUGGUAAUAAAAUCAGGCACAACUCCAAAAGGAGACAUUGGAGAAGAACCAAGCUGGGUCUAUAAAGAAUUGCACAUGAGAUGGCACACAUAUUGAUGCUGUCUCAAGGUCACAAUCAUGUUGCCAUAUCAAGCUGAAAA